AUGUCGUUUUUUCUAAUUAUUGCAUUGGGCGUCUUUACAGCCUUAUUGUUUCGGCGCAGAAAGCUCUCCAAUCACUCAAUCGACAAUCAGUAUGAGAGGCCGCCCCUCCACAACGCUUGGGACUGGCUUGGAAUCUUCACGCUUGUUAAACUGGUCCAGCAUUUCAAACAGAAGGACGUCUGCCAGUAUACAGAUCGCUUAUUCAAAACGUACGGCGACACAUAUGCCGCUAAUAUUUUAGGAAAGAGGAUCAUAUUUACCCAUAACACUCAUAAUAUCACGCGAGUGCUUUCUACUGGGGUUGGAGACUACUUCCCUGCUGAUCAUAUAGGGAGCUUGUUCAUGUAUGCAACGCCAAACGGUAUCUUCGCCGCUAAGGGCUUGGAGGAGUGGAAGAAAACGAGAAAGGUCUUCCGGACCGCGCUCGCCAACAACCGCGAAAUUUGCAACCUCAGUGUUCUGGAGGAGCACGUGGGGAGAUUUCUGAGAAGUGUACCAUUAAAUCGGACAGGCUUUAACAUUCAAGCAACGUUUGCGGACCUAUGCACCGACAUCAUGACAUCAUUCGCACUGGGAGGCUCGGCAGAUCAGCUUGGCUUGACUCAGACUACCUCGAAUGAGCACUUUGUCAAGAAUUUGAACUACAUAAAAAACACCAUAGCCAAAUGUGGUCGCCUAGGGCCUCUUCACCAUCUUUACUCGAAGAAGCGAUACCAAAUUGCAUGCGAUGACGCGAGAAAACAUGUCAUAGAGCACGUGGAUCAAGAGUUAGCAAAUCCUGGCAAGGUGAGCGAUGGUAAUCAAAGCAAGAGAUCAGUGGGGGGAUCCUUGUUUCUUCGUGGGCUUGUCAGAGACAUCCAGGAUGUCAAUCAGCUUAGUGACCACUGCCUGAGUAUACUCCUAGCAGCAAUCGACAGCAUGACAACAGUACUAUCCGCCACUUUUUUCCUUCUGGCUAAGGACGAGCGAGUGACUGAAAAGUUGCGGGCCACUAUACUCGAGAAUGUCGGGUAUGAGCAUCCUACAUACGAACAGCUACAGAGCAUGAAGUAUUUACACUAUGUACUCAAUGAAGCAAUGCGCCUUUUCCCGGCGGUUCCAUUCGAUGCACGAAUAGCAAAUAAAGACACCCUCAUGCCUUACGGAGGAGGUAGUAACGGCAUGUCUAACGUUCUAGUGAGGAAAGGGACUAUAGUAGUCAUCUCAAUUUGGGCGAGCCACCGCAUGAGUGAAGUCUUCAGAGUCAACGCCACUGAAUUUUUUCCGGAACGGUGGGAAGUGUUAAAUGGCGAUCCACCGGGGUAUCUUCCAUUUCUUCAAGGCCCCAGGACCUGCCCAGGCCGCCGCUACGCCAUGAUCCAGAUUUCUUACAUUGUUACGCGUAUCCUCCAGGCCGUCUCUGAAAUUACGGACUAUAAUUACGAUGACUGGAAAGAGCAAUUCGGUUUCGGAUUCGAAAACGCAAAUGGAGUCGUCGUUGGACUAGGCUAA